AUGUCGAGUGAGAAAUAUAUUGCCAACCAAUCGACCCGCUCUCAGUCAUACCCAGAUGAGUCCCGGAUACCUUCCGAAGUCGAGUCCCAGAUUGGUACCAACACGGAGAAGCAUUCUCGAUCGCAAGGCGAGCCUGUGUUGACCACCGAAACCCAAGGUCGCCAAUCUAAUGGCCAAGAUCAUGGUCAGGACAACCUCCAAAGAGCUCAAACUGCUGGAGAGGAUUCAAGCGACAGCAUUCCCGUCGAGCCACUCGCCACCAUGGCCUCGGCGGCAACCCCAAUCUACUCAGUCUUUACGAAACAUCAGAAGAGAUUUAUAGUCUUCAUGGCCGCUUGGGCCGGAUUUUUCUCUCCUGUGUCCGGCAAUAUCUAUUUUCCCGCUUUGAAUCCGCUAGCGAAGGAUCUCAAUGUCUCCAACACUCUGAUCAACUUGACCUUGACCUCGUACAUGAUAUUCCAAGGUCUUGCACCAAGUUUUUUUGGUGACUUCGCUGAUAUUGCUGGAAGGCGACCUGCCUAUGCUGUCUGCUUUGCCGUAUAUAUUGUUGCAAAUAUUGGUCUCGCUUUACAGGACAACUACGCUGCACUUUUUGUAUUGAGAUGUAUUCAGAGUACAGGUAGCAGCGCUACAAUUGCAAUGUGUAGCGCUGUGGUGGCUGAUGUCGCUACCCCUGCUGAAAGAGGCAAGUAUAUGGGCGCUGCAUUCUCUGGAUCCCUGUUGGGCCCUGCCAUCGGCCCCGUCAUCGGGGGCGUGCUUGCAGAGUUUCUGGGGUGGCAAAGCAUAUUCUGGUGUCUGACAAUACUCGGAUCUGCAUUCGUACUUGUCUUUGCUGUUUUUCUUCCCGAAACAGCUCGGACACAGGUAGGAGAUGGAUCAAUACCACCAAAAGGAUGGAAUAUGUCUCUCAUGAACUACCUCGCUGUUCGAAAGGCGCGGAGAACGAAUCCUGUUGUCCAACUCCCCUCACAGGAGGAGGUGGAAGCACUGUCGUUGAAACGCAAGAAGGCUGGGUUCCCCAAUCCUCUUCGUUCCCUGUAUGUCAUCUUUGAAAAGGAGAACGCCCUCCUUUUAUUUUACAAUGCCUUUCUCUUUGCCGCAUUCUAUGACGUUGGCGCUGCAAUACCUUCUCAAUUCGCCGAGAUCUAUCACUUCAAUGUUCUCCAAAUUGGACUCUGCUACAUACCAUUUGGCUGUGGAUCGCUGCUUGCAGCCUUUAGCAACGGCCUAUUUCUGGACCGGAACUUUGCCCGUUGGUGCAAGCGUCUCAAUGUCAAGAUCAAGAAAGGUCGAGAUCAGGAUCUCACCCACUUCCCCAUCGAAAAGGUUAGGCUCCAGAUCGCGAUCCCUGCCGCCUACAGCACUGCAAUCCUUGUUUGUAUCUUUGGGUGGAUUUUGCAUAUCGAAGGACCACUUGCAGCAAUUCUUGUUGUCCUGUUCUUCACCAGUUACUCAAUGUCGGUUGCUUUCAAUGUCACCACCACACUGUUGGUGGACUUUUAUCCCAAAUCGCCUGCAACAGCAAGUGCAGCCAACAAUUUGGUCAGAUGUUUAUUGGGCGCUGGUUUUACAGCCGCAGUUAUUCCAAUGAUUGAUGCUAUGGGUAGAGGUUGGACGUUCACCUUCUUGACUCUAUUCCUUAUCGCCACUUCCCCAAUGCUCUGGCUGCUUUAUUUUCGAGGAAUGGGCUGGAGACAGCAAAGACUCGCAAAAGAGGAGUCUGCUAGAAAGAUGGAGGAGGAGAAAACAAGCAGAUUAGAUGGUGGUGAGAGUGCGGGUGCAGACAAGCCGCCACCUGUGCGAGGCGGUAUACCAGAGAUGGCGGGUAUAAUGGAAGCAGAACACGAGAAGAGGAAAACUCAUGGGACACACGUCCCGGGCAGCAUAAGCCCGAGGACAAAUGCAGACAAAAAACAGCAGGAGCACAACGAUGAGGGAGAUUUUGGCAUUACCAGAACUUUCUCGUACGAGUCUGGGUUCUGA